AUGGCAAAAGCAAAGCAAGCACCUACGGCAUACUUUCUGUACGACCUGCCUGAGUCUAUUCUCAAGUCUCUCAAGGUGUAUGAUUUCAACGGAGUACUGCGAUCUGAAGAGACGGAAGUUAAGCCAUCGAGCCAGUUUUCUGCUGAAGAAAAGGCCUUCCAUCGAUACAAUCACAAACUGCGUCUUCAGGGCUUGGCAGCUAUUCGAAAACCAGAGUACGAUCAACUGCUUAAAGAUGGACUGACUGACACACAAAAAGACGACGAUUCAGACAGCAACAGCAACAGCAACAGCAACAGCAACAGCAACAGCGAGGAGGAUACAGAAUCGGACAGUGACGAAGAGUUUGGACUGCCUCGAAAAAUGGAACUGGCGUCGAUCUCGGAAGCUGGAGAUGGAGAAACGGCAAAAGACGAACUCAAGGGAAGCCCUGUCAUCUUCCUCAAGAGCCCCGAAGUUGAACCUAAGACACUGACGGUCUACAAGAAUGCACUGGGCCACGUAUCACCCACUGAGUCGGGUAUUCUUGGGGAGAUUCAGCGGGUGAAUACUCUUCCGGAGGCUACUUCUGUGAUCAUCAUGGCUGGAGGAGGACAUUUUGCUGCAGCGAUCUUUCAACACUCGCCGAAAAUCAAAAACACAAUGGUUCCCCUAAUUCUGGAAACCAAAUCAUUUCACAGAUACACCACUCGUCGAAGCCAGGGAGGUUCCCAGAGUGCUUCUGAUGGUUCAAAGGGUAAGGCCAAGUCUGUGGGUUCCUCUCUGCGACGAUAUGGAGAGAGCCAGUUGCAGAUGGAGGUGAAGGAGUUGCUGACUUCUCCCGAGUGGAAGAAGCGUCUGUUACCUGGCCUUCCUACGUCUGCCGCUAACAUUUACAUUCGAGCCAGUGGAAAGGGCAGUCGUGGUCUUGUUCUUGGGUUCGAGGGAUGUCCUAUUCCCAAAAAUGAUUCCCGAGUCAAGAGUAUCCCCUUCAACACCCGUCGAGCAAACUACACCGAGGUUCUGCGGUCCUGGACGGAACUGUCCACUGUCAAGGUUGUGGAUGUGAGCAAAGAGGAAGAGGAGGCAGAAAAGACACGUGAAAAGGAGGCCGAGAAGGCUCGGAAGGAGCAGUCGCGUCUUGCAGCGGCUGAAGCCAAGAAGCAGAAGCAGCAGCAGUCCCAACCUACCACCGUACCACUCACUCCUCUCAUGAAACAGACUUCUGAGAUCACUGAGUUGAUUCGAAAGAGUCGGGCUCCUAAGCUCAUUUCGUACCUCAAACUGCAAAAGCUCAAGUCGCCCUACCAGCUGGAGUUCCCCGAAGGAGAUAAGACAGGCACAUUGUGUCCUACUGCUCUGCAUUACGCCGCUAAAGAGGGUAGCGCUUACAUUGUGAGUGUCUUGUUGAAGCAGCUAGGGGCCGAUCCUACCGUUACCAACUCGUUUGGAAAGACUGCUUGGGAUCUGGUUUCGGAUAGUAAGACCCGGGACACUUUCCAGCUGGCAAGAGGAGCUCUUGGAGAAGACAAGUGGGACUGGAAAGCCAGUCAUGUUGGAGAAGCUCUUACCGAUGAGCAGAUUGAACAGCGAGACAAAAAGGAGGCUGCUGAACACGACCAAAAGGUCAAACAGUCCAUUGCCCAGCAGGAGGAGGAGCAGAAGGAAAAGGAGUCCAGCAAGAGAUACGAAAAGAUUGUCGCCAAGAGUGGACUGGGAAAGAGACUGCCUCAGAUGGCCACCAAGCUGGAGGACACUAGAGGUCUUUCUGAUGAAGCAAAGAUGAGACUCGAGCGAGAGAGACGAGCUCGAGCUGCCGAAGCACGGUUUGCAAAAAAAUAA